GCCACGGGUAAUUUGUUGUUAGUUGUCACAAUUUGCUGUUUAUUUUCUGGCAUAACCACCCCUCUUCUUCCGACUUCAUAUGUUUAUUUUAUAUACGUUAUAUUUGCUGCUCAUAUAGACCUAUUGCUUUUUAUGUAGAUAUAAUUAUGAAAGUUCCACAUAUAGGGUAAGUGCGUCAAAUGGGUGACUGAUAUAAUUCCGAUAUUGAGGAAGGUUUGCUAUUAAUUAUGAGCGAUUAAAGUAAUUACGUGUUACGGAUAGAUGAACGCGGUGAUAAUAUUCUCCCUCAAUAUUGUCUGUUUAACGACAUGUAUUGUCAUUUUCCAGUUGGACACGACCUAUCCAUAUCGAGAUACACGAUAAUAUAGACCUUUACUGCCUUGUUUCUCAUAAUGCAUAUGCUGUUCUUUUGAUCUUUGCAUAAUGAAUCAAGUUAUCUUAUUUAUUAUUCGUCUUUGAUGCAGGUCAUUUAUUUACCAUUGUGCUUGGUGGUGGAAAACAUUAGUGACCUAACGCAGAAAGUGUCCUAUCGAAGAAGUUGCUAUUUAUGGAGUUCUUGAAGAGAUUGAAAUGAUUAAACAUUUGUGACUUUGUUCCUUGAAGACACAGACGUCAUGUUUGAGAUACAUCAUCAGUACCUACAUUAACGUGAUAUUCGUUAAAAUGUCAUUCCCCAUUUAAAAUAGAUCUAAUGUCUACUUUGUGACGUUUAGGAAAAACGACAUGGUCAGGUAUUUAUGCGGACAUGGGCCCUGUAAAUGACACUAUUUGUUCGUCAGGAGUACAAGGUGAAGAUAACAAGAGACUCAUCUAUAUUUUUCAAGGUCUGGUAAUCUUCAUUUUUGCUAGCCUAAUAAUCGGUACUAACAUCCUAAAUCUCAUAGUAAUUCCUCGAUUACCAGACAUCAACGAGGCCAGUAAAGUAUUCUACAACUGCUUGUCCUUAGCGGAUAUCCUUUUAGGAGUCGUUCUUCUUCCUGCACUACCAUCAGCCAUCGUAGGGGAUUGGCCUUUUGGAGAUGUCGUCUGCAAGAUUUUUGGUUUCGGUAUGACGCUUGUCGCCGGUCUAUCUUCAGGAAGUCUGCUGCUUCUCAAUUUGGAUCGUUUCUUCAGCAUAGCCUAUCCUUUUCGCUAUGUGGUCAUCAUGGAUCGAAGAAGAGCCAUUAUAAUCGCCACAAGUUCAGCCAUCGCCGAAGCUACAUUUCUCCUAGCCAUGUUGUUCACAAAUCCCUUAGGACCGGAAAUCAUACAAUACUCAAAUCUUGGAGGAUGCAUCAUGACCUUCUACGAACCAAGAUUCCUUGGAUAUUCGCUAGCAAUUUUCUCAGUUUGUAUUUGGUCCUUCAUUCCCAUCCUGUCCGUCAUGUACACCAGGAUCAUCUGCAUCAGCAGGAGACACGUGAGACGCAUUCAGGUCCAGGAACUUGCAACCCGAGUUAGCACCGUUGGUAGAAGUGAUGAGCCCGCCUUGAUAGUGGAAGACAGGCCAUUCGUGGUCAGGAAAAAUGUCAACCAUCGAGCAAUCCGCAUGACUCUCCUGGUGACGGGCACAUACGUCGCAGCUUGGGCACCCUUCACAAUUUGUCAGAUAUACAUUUCCCUUAUAGGAGAUGUAUCUGUCAUCGUUAGGGCAUUGGUUUGUUGGCCGUUGCUACUGAAUCCUCUUUGUAAUGUCAUCAUCUACUCGGUGACAAAACGUUCUUACAGAAUUUUGGCACAGAACCUCCUGAAAGUAUGUCUGCGAUGUUCAUUAAAAAGUUUCUGUGAUGAAACUUCCAGUGACAUUCUGGUAUAGAUGGAUGUUGUUGCUUGGUAUCAAAGAUGGUAAUUUCCGGCGGCGUGUUUGUAUAUUGGUUUAAAUCAACUGACUCGGUACUUUCAGGAGGAAUAUAUUCUUUGAAUUUCGGAAGUUAUGUGAGGCUGGUUGUAUAUAAUAAUUGUUUUAAGAUUAACACAACUAAAACAAAUAUUGUGCUUAUUCCAAGUCGUUAUUAAAAAAAGGGAAAGCUGGAUAUAAAAGCUUAAUGACGAGCAACUCAAACAAGUUAAUUCUGUAAGAUAUUUAGGCAUUGAAGUUAAUGAUAAUCUCACAUGGAAUGUUCAUGUCCAACAUCUUUAUAGGCCAAUAUCAUUUAAGUUGCAUGCUAUAAGACAUUUAAGUUUGACUCUUAAAACGUAUUUACUGAAUACUUUAUAUAAAACAACUAUCCAGCCAUGUAUAGAUUAUGCUUGUUCUGUUUGAGUUCAUUGAAAACAGGGAACUUAUAAUGAGACCGCAAAGACGAGAGGCACUUAUCGCAAUGGUUACAGGGGCUCAUCCCCUUUCAUUUUUUUUAACCCAUAGAUAAAAGAAGUAUGUAUUUUGUGGGAAAUGAAACGACCACAGUUUUUAUUGUCUCACCUG